AUGCAAAGAAUAAUAUUUUCGAGAAAUGCGAAAAGAGUACCGUUUGGGAGUGUUUAUGUGCAAAGAAGGGCUUUAGCCUCGGUAAUAUCAAAAAAGGCUCCGUUCAAUGAAGAGUGGGGCAUUGAUGUGAAACCUGUUUACACAAAAGCCGACGCGGAAUUUAUUCAAGACGAAAUACCGGGGAAAUUUCCAUAUACCAGAGGUCCUUAUGCUUCUAUGUAUACCGCUAGGCCAUGGACGAUUCGCCAGUAUGCUGGUUUUAGUACCGUCGAAGAAUCAAAUGCUUUUUAUCGAAAAAAUCUUGCCGCAGGACAACAGGGUUUAUCUGUUGCUUUCGAUUUAGCUACGCACCGUGGUUAUGAUUCGGAUCAUCCUCGUGUCGUAGGAGAUGUCGGUAUGGCUGGUGUAGCUAUAGAUACGAUAGAAGACAUGAAGAUCCUUUUUAGUGGUAUUCCUCUAAACAAAAUGUCGGUUUCCAUGACAAUGAACGGUGCAGUGUUGCCAAUUUUGGCAAUGUUUAUAGUGGCUGGAUUAGAACAGGGUGCAAAAUUAGAAGAACUUUCAGGAACUAUUCAAAAUGAUAUUCUAAAAGAGUUUAUGGUUCGAAAUACUUUCAUAUAUCCACCUGUACCCUCGAUGAAAUUAAUUGGUGAUAUAUUCUCAUAUACUUCGCAGCAUAUGCCUAAAUACAAUUCGAUCUCGAUAUCAGGUUAUCAUAUGCAGGAAGCUGGGGCCGAUAAUGUGCUUGAAUUAGCAUUUACGGUUGCCGACGGUAUUGAGUAUGCUAGAACAGGUCUCGAGGCUGGAAUGACAAUCGAUUAUUUUGCACCUAGAUUAUCAUUCUUUUUCGGAAUCGGGAUGAAUUUUUAUAUGGAAAUUGCAAAAUUACGCGCGGCUCGUCGUCUUUGGGCGCACAUGGUUCAAGAGAAGUUCCAGCCUAAAAAUAAUAAGUCAAUGAUGUUACGAACUCAUUGUCAAACUUCUGGCUGGUCACUUACUGCACAGGAUCCAUUUAACAAUAUCAUCAGAACUACAAUCGAAGCAAUGGCAGCAACUCUGGGAGGCACACAAUCACUGCACACCAAUUCUUACGACGAGGCUGUUGGACUACCAACCGAAACAUCAGCGCGAGUAGCGCGUAACACACAAAUCAUAUUACAAGAGGAGGCGUUUAUACCAAAAGUUGCAGAUCCAUGGGGUGGAAGCUACAUGAUGGAAAAUUUGACGAAUGAGAUGUAUGACAAUGCAAGAGUGAUUAUCGAGGAAGUGGAAGAAAUGGGCGGAAUGGCUAAAGCUGUGACUAGCGGUAUGCCUAAGCUUCGAAUCGAGGAAUGUGCUGCGCAAAGACAAGCUAGAAUUGAUUCAGGAAAAGUCGACAAUGAAGUUCCAAUUGAUUUUCGUGCAAUCGAUAAUCAAAAAGUUCGAGAAGAGCAGGUUGCUCGUAUUAACCAGGUUAAGGCGAGCCGAGAUCCUGCAAAAGCUGAGGCCAUUUUAAAUGCUUUGACGGAGUGUGCUAAAACAGGUCAAGGCAAUUUGUUGGAGCUUUCUAUUGAGGCUGCUAAAGCACGAUGCUCAGUCGGUGAAAUUUCCUACGCCCUAGAAAAAAUCUGGGGACGUCAUGAACCAUCAAGUCGCGUUGCCAGUGGAGCUUACAAAUCUUCAUAUGGAACUGAAGGCGAAGUAAAUGCAACUAUUAAACUUGUCGAGGAAACACGAAAUAAAUUAGGUGUAAGUCCACGAAUUCUCGUCGCAAAGUGCGGACAAGAUGGGCAUGAUCGUGGCGCAAAAGUGAUAGCCUCUGCAUUCAGUGACUUUGGAUUUGACGUGGAUUUAUCCCCGCUGUUCAGUACACCAGAAGAAGUUGCUCGUCAAGCAAUCGAUAACGAUGUACAUGUAAUCGGCGUUUCGUCACAAGCUGCUGGACAUAAAACACUCGUGCCAGCACUUAUCAAUGAACUUCAUCGACUUGGUGUAACAGAUAAGAUUAUCGUGGUUGGUGGCGUUAUUCCUCCUCAAGAUUAUCAGUUCCUCAAAGAGGCUGGUGUUAGUUCUAUUUUUGGCCCCGGAACAAAAAUUCCAGAAGCUGCUAAAGAAGUUGUCAUGAAAAUUCAAGAUAUCAAUAAACAAGACAAUCCAUCCGUGAUUUAA